UUUCUUUAAGUGAGUUUCUAUUACAUUUCGUUGGUGAAAAUGACUGGCCGUGGUAAGGGAGGAAAAGGUUUGGGAAAGGGAGGAGCGAAGCGUCACAGGAAAGUUCUUCGUGACAACAUCCAGGGAAUCACGAAGCCUGCCAUUCGCCGUUUGGCUCGCCGAGGCGGUGUUAAACGUAUCUCUGGCCUGAUUUACGAAGAGACCCGUGGUGUUCUUAAAGUCUUUCUGGAAAAUGUAAUCCGUGAUGCAGUUACAUACACCGAGCAUGCCAAGAGGAAAACCGUCACUGCCAUGGACGUGGUCUAUGCGCUGAAGCGUCAAGGACGCACUCUCUACGGUUUUGGUGGUUAAUUUGUUUCUCGAGUUCUCAGCUACUCACCGUACACAACAAAAGGGCCCUUUUCAGGGCCACAAACUUUUUCAAUACGUAAAUGGAGCAAACCGUUUUACCAUAGUAUGUACUGAUUAGUUUUAAUUCCUCACCUCUUUCACGAAUUAAGAUUUUGAUAUUAUGGUUUUCGUUCAUGUAAUUAGACAGCUAACA